AUGUCAGGUAUGCAUCGAACUCCGGUCCCUCUUCUCAUCUCACACCUCCCUCCAGUUCAGAAGUUCGACCAAUGGGUCAACAAGCAUGUCGAGCUUUGUCCUUUGAACAUGCUCAAGGAUGCCGUUAUUGGUGUCGACGCCUCAUACUAUCUUGACCUGCGGAUCAAUAACGAAGUCGAACCACUCAAGCACGCCCUCGGCGGUCUCCCAUUCACUCUCAAGAAAGCCAUAGAAGACGAUAUUUCUUUACUCCGUCAGCAUGGUGUCACACUCGUCUUCGUCUUCGAUGGUCUCGACUAUGUGAACAAGAGUGCCCCCGACUCCCAAUCAGGAGAAAGCAGAAGAGCUCAGGAAGAGGCAUGGCAUGAAUAUCUGAGUGGUAACAGCAAGGGAACUGUCUCGCAUUUCUGCAAGGCGAAGUACCAGAUCGACGUCAUGACACGAAUGCUGCAGAAGAUACUGGUGGAAAAUAAGAUCGAGUUCAUGGUUGCACCUUAUAGCGCAACAGCACAACUGGCCUAUCUUCUCAAACUCGACGAUCAGUACAUUGAUGCUGUCAUGGGCAACACGGAGUGCUUCCUCUUCGGCAUCGACAGAGUCGUCACAGAUAUCAACAUUAACAAAUCGGCUCUCACCCUCAUUAACAAGGCCACGUGUGAAGACUUGCUCAAGGUCAACGGUGAUAUGCUUCGCGAUGCUCAGCUCCUGCUCGGAACUUCUUUCACGCCGACCUUCCCGAUCCUAGAGGCGAUGGCCGGCACAAAAUCUACCAGCAUUGUGGAUGCAAUCGCCUUACUGAAUGGAGCUGGAAAGUCUGUGAUCCAGCUCUGCAACUUUCACCGUGACCACCCGCAAGUCCAGGCUCUCUCCUAUGCGGAUAGGUAUAAGAAAGCCAUCAUGACCAUCAGGCACCAUGUUAUCAUGGAGAAGAACGGCGUUGUCGCUCCCCAAAAUUUCGACGAGGCACCAGGAGAUGUUCACGAAUUCGUCGGACAAAGACUACCCGAAGAGCUGUUUUUCUAUAUCUCCAAAGGCUUGCUUGGGCCACAGAUACCUAAUUGGCUGACAUCUGGUGAGAUUGUGCUGAGCCUAGCCGGGGGAUCCUUAGAUUCAGAACCUUAUCGCAGACUGAUGAUUCAGCAACUCAAUGCAUACCGGACUGAAGCUCUGAAGAUCCUGGCAGAGUCUCUCCACUACUAUUAUCAGUCCAGAGUCAUCAAAGUCGAACUAUGGAUCCCCCAGGACACUAGCGGCUUAACAAUCGAGCUCAGGAAUACCCCAGCUAUGAAAGCCAAGCUGGCAGAAUGGAAAGUGCGCGGACCUGCACUUGAUAAGGUACUAUCCAAGGUCAGCGGCUCACAUUUUUUCCUGCCGUGCCUCGAGGCCCUGCAUGAUGCGCAAUUCGCGGAGAACACGAUUGUUAAGAACAAGUUAGAAUAUCCGGCGUUUCGCUCUUCGAAUGAGGUCCUGGUUAACACGGUCUUCCGCUUUCUCCAUGUUCGUGGAUAUGUUGACGACAAGCACAACCUUACUACCUGGGGCAAAGUUUUGGAGACCGCAUUAGCAGUCUCUGACGAUGAGAGCACCAUCAUUGGAGUCGAAAUGCUCAGAUUGGGUCUUUUUACAUCAAACUUUGCCACUGGUACACCCCCCUCUAAAACAGACAAGGACUAUGAAAAGAAAACGUUCUCCAACCUGAUCUCAAAAACUGCCUGCUUGGGUAGAAUCCGGCAUAAAGCUAUGGGAUUUGUGGGACCUCUCGAUAGAGAAAAACUCACCUUUGCCUGGAAGGUAACUGCAGUGCGCACAACCCUGAGGGAUCUCCUAGAGACCAUUAUGACCAGCAUGUUCCUCAACGGAGAAGUAGAAAGGGAACGUUCAGAUUGGACAGAGCUCAGCCAGAAGCUACCUUUCAUUGACGAUCAUGGCUCUGGACUCGGCAUAGCUGUCAAGACGUACCUUGAUGCUUUUGAGGAUGACCAGGAGAUCACAGACGCACUUAAGAAGACAAUCAAACAACAGGAGGGCAAGUACAACUGGUUCCACCAAUUAAAGAGCGGAGGGGGCUUGACCAAGAGUCUCGAUCAAGCCUGGAGAAUUUGGGAUGCCAUCUAUGCGGCCAGCCAGGUUCCUGGCGUCGAGGUCAAGGAGGCCAAAGUCUUCUCGGAGGCAAACCAGUGGCUCGCCAUCCGUCGUUAG